AUGGAUUUUGAUUUUACUUUAAAAAAUUGCUGUGAAAAAAAUCAAAAUAUAACAUUCAUAAGUAUAUCUGUAUGUGUAAUUAUAAAUAUAAUAUUUUGGAGAUGUAAAAUCUUAGAGCCAUUCAAAUUAUUAACUGUUUUUUUACAUGAAUUUUCUCAUGCUUCUGCUUGCUGGAUAACUGGAGGAAAAGUUAAAGGAAUAGAGGUUAAUAAAAAUCAUGGUGGAUGUACAAACACAAUUGGGGGAAAUCAAUUUUUAAUUUUGCCGGCAGGAUAUAUCGGGUCAUGCUUUUAUGGGAUGUUUUUUAUUUUGAUGGCUUAUUUAAAUAAAUGGACAUUAAUAAUAUCAGCUGGAUUUUUAUGUUUUUUAUUGUUAAUAGUAUUAAUAUUUUAUGCAAAAAAUGUAUUUUUAAGAAUUCUUUGUGUACUUUUUCUUACAGUUACUAUAUCCAUUUGGGUUUUAUGUGUGUAUUUUAAAGAAUUGGAUUAUUGGCCAUUAAAAAUUAUUAUGACUUUUAUUGGUGUAUUAAAUGAAAUGUAUAGCAUGACUGAUAUUUUUGAAGAUUUAAUUACAAGAACAUCGUAUGAAUCUGAUGCUUAUAAAUAUGCUGAAUUAACUAAAUGCAAUUCAAAAUUAUGUGGAGUUCUUUGGUUUUUAAUUAAUUUAUUAUUUAUUCUUUUAACUAUUUAUUUAAUUGGUGCUAUUCGUGUUAAAUAUUUUGGUAAAUAA